GUGGCCGACUAUCCAGAACAGUGUUUGGUCACCUGUGUGAAGUACAGGACUUGUCCCAAAUGUCAGAGCCCAGUGUCAGAGCUUGGUUCCAAUACACCUGGAGAACCUUGCACUCAAGCAUGGACCAUGGGGGAGAUCAAGGACACCAAAUCCAAAUCCCACAACCUCCAUAAAUUUCACUCGCUCUGUCAAUCCAAGGGAGUUUCUGGUACCGUCAAACGUCCAUUCUGGGAAGGAUUUCCCUAUUCCAACAUUCAUCUCUCCAUGACGCCUGAUGUCCUAACUCAGCUCUUCCAA